AUGUUCUGCUUGGAGCUGUUGGAAAAGCGUUUCCCUGUUCCUGAAGUGAAGCGCUUUCCCCUUAGACGUGCAAGGGUGCGAUGGCACGUGGACCACCGGCGCAUGCAGAUUACAGAAGUUUGUGGAGCUAAGCGUGUGGGUUAUUUUGGUCCUGCUCAAUUUUAUAUUGCUUUGAAGUUAAUAGCGGCGGCGCAGUCAGGGUUCCCAGUACGGAUUGAGAGCAUUAAGAAUGAAUUGCCUCUGCCACGGUUUAUGGCGCUGAAAAAUGACAGUGAAGUACGUCAUGGGACUCCAGCAGAACUCCAUGGAGUUAAAUUUCAGGUUCCACAUGCAACUUUGGAAAAGAAUUCGUACAAAAGAACAGAUGAAGGUGACAAACAGGAACCCAAGUCUCCACCGAUGUCUCCAAUCUGCUCACCUCCUGCUUCUCCAUCUACUUACCAGAGAAUACCCUUAAGUUAUGGAUAUGGUAAAUCAAGAAGUGGGCUGGAGCAGCAACAUGGAGCUCCUUAUGAAGUCAGACACUCUACUCACCAGCAAGAUGGACCAUCAUCAGGGAAUUACGGAACCAAACCGGCACUCGCCUGUUCAACUCUUAAUCGGUCUCUUUCAGCGGAGCGGGAGCAGCAGGACAGCAGCGCCCACUACUCGGAUGACCCUUGGAGGAUAACGGAGGAGCAGCGGGACUACUACAUCAACCAGUUCAGGUCCCUGCAGCCCGACCUGAACUCCUUUAUUUCAGGUUCUGUGGCAAAGAAUUUCUUCACAAAAUCAAAGCUGCCCAUCCCAGAGCUUUCUCACAUCUGGGAGCUGAGCGACGUGGAUUGCGACGGGGCGCUGACGCUCCCGGAGUUUUGUGCCGCUUUCCACCUCGUGGUUGCGAGGAAGAAUGGUUACCAGCUGCCGGAGACGCUGCCGGAGACGCUGCUGCCCGAGUACCUUCAAGCAGCUUCUUUGAAGCCCAUGCGUGACUGCGCACUAUUUGAUUCUUAUUCUGAGUCGUUGCCAAGCGGCCAGCAGACUCGGGACUUCAGUCGGACAGAG